GCACCCUACCCCAUCCCACCCCUCUUUGCCCCUCCCGGGCCCCUGCCCUUUGCUCCUGGUCCAUCUUUCCUGGCCCUCCCUCUGUGCUCCUUCCCUUCUUUUUUUUUCCACCCACUCCUUCAAGAUCUCCCGAUGGCCAAAAACAUCCGUGCGAAGGUGGCCAAGCGCUUUGGCGCGGCUCCCGCUGCCGCCGCCUCCACCCCCGCUCCUCUGCCUCGGCUUGCUGCCUCUCGGCCGACCAGCGCUGCCGCCCGGCCAGCACGCCGGACUGGCGGUCUCAAGGCGGCCUCCCGGCCACGCUUGGGCCUGGCCGGCAAGAGUCUGCCCGCCUGGGGGGGCCCCGGUCUGGAUGCCUCCGACUCCGACUCCGACUCUGACUCCGACCAGGAGGGCGUCCCCAUGCAGGAGCAGAUGCCCGUUUGGGGAGGCGGCAUGACGCUGGUCACGCAUCAGGCACCGGCUCCCGAGGACAGUGCGGCUGGCGCGGGCGCCGGUACCGGGAAUGGUACCGCCGUCGCGCGUGACGGCCGCCUGCGCAUGGACUUUGUUAUGCGGGCCGCCCGGUCGGAGAAGGCCGCCCGCAAGGCGGCAAGCAUGCAGCGCGCCCAGCCGGGGGUCAUCUCGACCGAUCUGCUGGCGGCCGCGGCCGUUUCCGGCACGGGGGUCCAUGUGCCCAAGGCCGCUGUCGAUACUCGGGCUUUGGCCCUCGGCAAGGCCUUCCACCUGGCCAAGCAGACCGGCGAGGUGGCGGGCGCGCAUUUGCGCGUUGAUUCGGCAGCCGGGCGCGUGGCCGGCGGCAAGGCGCCCACGGCCUCCGGUGCACCUUCCCCUUCUGCCCCGGCCGCCGGGGAAGCGCCAGCUGCUUCGACCGGUCCCCGGCACCUCUCUUCCAGCAAGGCCUCCCGGCGCAAGGCCCGCGCGGCCGCCUGGUCUGACCAUUUGGAGAAGUCGCAGAAGCUUUUCGAGGCCGAGAAGAAGGCCAAGUCCGCGGCCAAGGCCACCUCUGGUCGGACCGGACUCACGCGGGGCCUCGGUCGAGAGCUGCAGUCCAGCCUGAAAGAGGCCAUGGUUUCCUCGGAAGAUCCGGCCCGGCCCACGGCCGGGGCAUCCAAGGCCCCGAAGGCCGGCAAGGCGUCGGCCGCGCGCGGUGGCCAGGCCCCCGCCUCCGGGCCUGUCAGCCAGACCAAUCGUGUUACCAGUCGCGGAGGUCGGCGGAAUGUCGCCCAGCAGGAGCUGGCCCACUUCCGCGCCGUUUUGGCACACUCCGCCUUCAAGGCCCCGGCGCCGGCUGCUCCGGGGACCAGCGCUGCCAGUGCCUCCUCCACCGUCCCCGGUGUUGGGACUCCGAACCUGAGCAAUGCCUUUGAAGCCAUUCAGAUGCACCUGUCGACGCUCAUCCAGCAGGAGAAGCUCUGAUCCGGUGUGGCUGCAUGGCAUGCGCAUGCUGUGUGUCCGCCCUGCCCCUCCCUCUUGCAUGCAUGGCAAACGAAGGGACCGGUGUAGGAGACCGAACACCCAGCCCAUCGCACGAGGGAUGGCCGCUUCCAAGGGCGUGUAUCCUUCCCCCUCCCCCCCCCUCCCCCCGAUGGAUGUUGCCUCGAGUUGCAGGAGGGAAAAAACAAAACCAAUAGACCC